AUGAAUUCUCUCGUUUUCGUCUGCGCGGUUAUGGUGGCGGCGGUGGUUAUGGGGUAUCCAGGAUCUAUGGAUCCGAUGGAAGGAGGACCAAUGAACUCAACUCAUGACAUGGACGGUAUGAACAUGACGGGCGGUCCGAUAGGCCACGCCCCUCCAAUGAAUAUGACCGAAGGAGACCAUUCUGAAGAAGAACCCCCAAAACACGACAGAAAACGUCGUGGCGCUGUCGAAGAGCUCCAAAACACUGGACACGACGCUGUAAAUACGGUGGAGACUUUUGGAAAAGACGCGUGGAGCAAGGCUGGCGAGCUGGGAAAAUCUGGUCUGACAGCCGUUGAGAACGCGGGAAGCUCUAUCAAGACUGCCGGCGAGGAUGUGGUUCACAAAGUCGAGGAGGGAAUUUGA